CCUUCCCGCGGCCUCGGGAGACGCGCUCGGCCGCCGCGGAGCCACCAGGAUGUCGGAGGGCGACGGUGCCGGGGGCUCCGUGCACGGGAAGCCGUCGGUGGUGUACAGGUUCUUCACGAGACUCGGACAGAUCUACCAGUCCUGGCUGGACAAGUCCACGCCCUACACGGCUGUGCGGUGGGUGGUGACGCUGGGCCUGAGCUUCGUCUACAUGAUCCGGGUCUACCUGCUGCAGGGCUGGUACAUCGUGACCUAUGCCUUGGGGAUCUACCACCUGAACCUCUUCAUAGCUUUCCUGUCUCCAAAGGUGGACCCUUCCCUGAUGGAAGAUUCAGACGACGGCCCCUCGCUGCCCACCCGCCAGAACGAGGAGUUCCGGCCCUUCAUCCGCAGGCUGCCGGAGUUUAAGUUCUGGCACGCGGCGACCAAGGGCAUCCUGGUGGCCAUGGUCUGCACCUUCUUUGAGGCUUUCAACGUGCCGGUGUUCUGGCCCAUCCUGGUCAUGUACUUCAUCAUGCUGUUCUGCAUCACCAUGAAGAGGCAGAUCAAGCACAUGAUCAAGUACCGGUACAUCCCGUUCACGCACGGCAAGAGGACGUACAGGGGCAAGGAGGACGCGGGCAAGGCGUUCGCGAGCUAGGCGCGGGCUGCAGCGGCCGCGGCCCGAGGCGCCGGGCCCGUCGCGGUGCCGCCUCUGCACAUAAAGUAGUUGAAUUCGAGGGAGUUGGAUUUUCUUUUCGAAAGGAGCUUCUGUCUGUAACUGAUCACCAGGGUCCGGAGACACCGGCGCUUCAACCGAACCGCGGGCCGUGGUCGGGGAGGCCCAGGGGGCCGCGGCGGGCAGGGGGGGGCCGCGCCUCCU